GGGGGUGGGAGAGGUCCAAGAGCAUCACGCAUUCAAGUUCCGCAGAGAGGGGCUAUGUCCUUUUCUCACCUACUUUUAAAAUAUCUAUCCCCGACCCGCAUCCCACCCUCGGUUCUUUUAAUAGAGCGAAGUGGCGGGCUCCAGGUUGGGGUGAGAGGGGUGAACAGCGGUUGCACAAAAUCCAAGCGAAGAAAGAUCCACAAUCCGGUCACCGUGUCCUGGGUGCUUGCUGGUCAGUCCACCAAGCACUCCAUCCGCCCCGCACCCGGUCCCCGGUCCGUUUGCAGGUCUUUAGGUCUCGGCUCAAGCCUUGGCUAGAGAGGGAGAAAACCGCUUUGAUUGGAACCUUGCUGCAGGUUUGAAGUUCUCCAUUGCUGUCUACAUCGCUUUUCGAUUGUCCUUUUGCCAAGCUCAGUCUAUCACCCUGGAAGGAAUACAGCAGAAGACACGAGAAGAACAAGGAAUUCACUUGACAUUUGAAAGAGUCAUCACAAGAAGCUUAGGAGAGGCUGAAGAGUACUAGACCGCACCAUUAUUCACAAAUCGCCGAGAGUUUUCUUCAGUCAGGUGAACAAAGUCCCUCUCCUGUUUGGCCAAAAGACACACACACAAGCACACACACAAGGAUGGGUCGGGCCCGGGAAAUGGGUUGGAUGGCAGCAGGGCUGAUGAUUGGGGCUGGUGCCUGCUACUGCAUGUACAAACUGACCAUGGGAAGAAAUUCCAGUAACGAACCAGAGGAAGAGGAGGACAAUGAAUGGGAUGAGGAGCAGGAUCUCGAUGAAGAGGAGGCAGACCUUUGGUUUGAUUUCACAACAAUGCCACGACCCUGGAGUGAGAAUGGGCACUGGGAUGAACCUGGGGCCCCAGGUGGGACUGAGGACAGACAUUCAGGUGGUGGGAAGGCAAACAGAGCACACCCAAUAAAACAACGACCAUUCCCGUAUGAACAUAAAAAUACGUGGGCCGCUCAGAGCUUUAAAUCCUUCAACUGUUCUCUUGUCCUGACCGAGAGUGAUUCCAUUCAAGGGGAAAAACUGUCCACUGAGCCCACAAAUGCUGGCUAUUCCCUUAGCCACAAUGUCAGUAGGCAUUUGGCCAGCCUCUCAGUGGUUGGAAACAGGAUCCCCACCCCCCAGCCCACUGUGAGGGAAAAGGCUUUGUGUGUCCCUGAAAACCCGAACACCAGUAUUGGAAAUCAGGACCAGAUUAAGAUGUACAUCGGUGAAGUGUGUCGAGAGACGGUGUUUCAUUGCUGCAAGUCAUUUCUGCAGCAGGCCGGAUUAAGUCUGCUAAUGAGCAUGACAGUUAUUAAUAACAUGCUUGCCAAGUCGGUUGCAGACCUGCGGCUUUCUUGGAUACCUGAGGGACGUGGAUGUGCGAAGGUUCAGGCUUUGGAACCGCUGAUGGGUUUGUCUGAAAAGCCCGUGCGGGUGGGGGACGCGGUGGCUGCCCAAACGCUAUUCUCUUUCAUGCUCCUGUACAUCAGAAAUGGGAGCAGAGAGAUGCUUGUGGAAGCCCUCUCUCCAUAAAGGGCCGGCUGGAGCAGAAGGAGACUGAAUCCGCCCAGAGCCCGAGCAGUCCACUGAGGGCAAACAAACUGCACUGGGUGCAAGCAAGGAUGCGGCUUUAGCGGGGCAGCAGCUCCUCCUCGGCCAAAAGUUCCAAUCCCUAACUGGAGGGCCACAGUCUUCUUGGCCCGGCUGGGCUCCCCAGAGCUGUGGGCAACUUCUGGGCUUGUAGUCUGCAGGGCAUUGUAAGCUGCCCCCUUGUGGCCUUCCUCCUGCUGCAAACGGUAAGGGAUCACUCCCCAUUGGCUGCCAGGUGCAGAUAAAAGGGCAUCAAGCCACAGCAUCACCAAUGCGGUGUGGCCUGUGGUGAUCUCCCUGUCUGAGCAGGACCACUUAGCAGAAGUCACACCCACGUGGGAGCUUGUGCCCAACUUGCUUCUGCUGCCUCGGUUUGGGUGGAAGCGUUUCCCCUUCCUCUUUUCUACACUAGCUGAUGGAUGGCUAGCAUGUUAAUUAAAAACAAUGCACUCCCCUCCUGUCCAUUGUACUGACUGACCCUCUCCCACCCAAGCCCCCACCUGUGUGUAUCAUCAAUAAACUUGUGUGCUUUGA